AUGACGGCCACAAAACAAUUGACAUUAAGCCUGUUUAGGCACAGUAAAGGUCUUUGGAAUGGAAAUAGAAAUUCUAUUUUCUUAACCAUUAGUGCGUCAAAUAAAAAUUGGCGCAAUUUCUGUUCCAAUGCAAAACAACAGUUGAAGGCAAAUGAAACUAGUUUAUUGGAAUUCAAGGGUGAAUGGUCGCCAGCGAAUCGGGAGAAAUUCAUACGUGACAUGAGAGUUAUGGUCGAUUUUAUUACCGAAGAUGAAGAGGCAAAGCUGCUGGAAGAAAUUGAACCAUAUAUGAAACGUUUACGUUAUGAAUAUGAUCAUUGGGAUGAUGCUAUUCAUGGCUUCCGCGAAACCGAACGUAAACAUUGGUAUCCCCACAAUCGCCAAGUAUUGGAGAGAGUUCGUGCGACAGGUUUCCAGGAAGAAAUUAUGCCAUAUGUCCACAUACUGGAUUUAGCUGCAGAGGGUGUCAUUAAACCCCAUAUUGAUAGCACAAGGUACUGUGGCCAUACAAUUGCUGGCAUUAGCCUACUUUCCGAUUCGGUAAUGCGUCUCGUCUAUGCCAUAAAUAAAACUGAAUCGGGUACAUCGGAAGAUUAUCGCAGUCAACCAAAGGCCAUAUUAGAAAAUAAUUAUUAUGUUGAUAUUUUAUUACCACGUCGUUCCCUAUACAUUAUGAGUAACUAUGCCCGCUAUGAUUUCACCCAUGAAAUAUUAGCUAAUAAGGAAUCCAGCUUUAUGGGACAACCAGUUACAAAGGAUAGACGUAUUUCGAUUAUUUGCAGAAAUGAACCUUAA